AUGGCUCAAGCUGAGGGAGACAAGGCCUUGAGGAAAUUCACGACCAUAACCGAUAGGGUGAGUCAGUUUGAAGCCAGAAUCAAUACCAAUGCGGACACAAAUCCGUCCAUCCACACGAGUAGGGUUCGACUCGAGCAGAUCAGGGCCCUCUGGGACAAGGUGGAAAAGGAAUAUGAGACGUGCUCCGAAGUUGUGGCCAGUCAAACCUGCAAAGACAAAAUAACAGCCAUGCAAUCCAAGUAUGACGACUGUUAUACCGUUUACGAGCGGUGCGCAGCAAGCCUCAAUGAGAUCAUUGCAGAUUCACACGCACAACAGUCUGUUCAGUCCUCCAAUCUGACGCCGUCUCAGGGCGGAUGUCGCUUACCUCCAGUCGAGUGCGAAGUUUUCAAUGGUGACUAUGUUCAAUGGCCCACAUUUCGGGACCUUUUCUCCGCCAUCUAUAUACGCAAUCCUCGGCUUUCAGAAGUCGAAAAACUGUUCCAUCUCAAUGCAAAGACGAGCGGCGAGGCCAAAUGCAUUGUGGCCUUAUCUCCGUUGACCAAUGAUGGUUUUGAGUCAGCGUGGAUAAACUUGCAGAAUCGGUUCGAGAACAAGAGGAUGCUAGUCAAUAGCCUAUUAAAGAUCUUGUUUAAUUUGCCUUCUGUUGCCCAGGAAUGCGGAAAAUCCUUGAAGCAUUUAGAGAGCACAAUCCAAGGUUGUUUAACGGCCCUGCAAUUAGCAAGAGUCGAGACCACGAAUUGGAAUUGCCUGCUUGUUUUCCUGUGCUCGUCCAAGUUGCCAAAACUAACUUUGGCUCUUUGGGAACAGUCCCUGCUUAGUAAGUCAGAGAUUCCACUCUGGGCUGAAUUCCAGGCCUUCUUAAAGGAUCGUCAUCGAACGCUUGAGGCGAUUGAAGAGUUCAAGCCGAACGCGAGCGUUCAAUCCAGGGCACUGAGGGCUGACAAUAGCUCGCGGUCAAUCCAGACCUUUGAGAACAGAGUUACGGUAAACCCGCAAUCCUGUAAACUCUGCGCACAGGAGAACCAUCCAAUCCGAGGAUGUCCUCUAUUCUUACGCAUGUCAGUCGCAGAUCGAGAGAAACAUGUAAAACAGCAGAAGUUGUGCUUAAACUGUUUCGUUGCCGUUAACACGCAAGGGGUCCUACUGAGUACGGCAUUGAUAGAAGUUUGCCAUUUGGGCAUAAAAUACUCAGCACGGGCACUCAUUGACUCAGGUUCCGAGGCAACCUUCAUCUCAGAACGGUUGUUCAACCUGAUUAAGUUGCCGUAUGAGUCCAUCCAGGCUCAAGUUUCGGGGGUCAACCUUUCCGUUGCCGCUCAGCCUCGUAAGAGGUGUCAACUCAACAUAGGUUCUCCCGUCAAGCCCCAUAUCCAGAUUGAAACCUGUGCAUACGUGUUACCCCAGCUAGCUGGUAAUCUCCCAUCCUACACUAUACCAGAGGAUUCAUUAAAGGGUCUUCCACCUCUGCAACUAGCAGAUCCAGAUUUCUACCGGAGCUCGCCGAUUGACGUGCUUAUUGGUGCCGAUAUCCUGCCAUCAAUCAUUCUCAGAGGCUCCCAUUCCAAUAUUUGUGGAACACUCCUUGGUCAAGAGACCAUAUUCGGGUGGACUCUUUGCGGUCCCAUUGCAACGAGUCCCAUAAGCAGAAUCUGUUCUUUUUCAGCCCGAUUAGCAGUGACCGAGUCCAAACCAGACAGCAUCCUCACCAAAUUUGGGGAGGUGGAGGAUGUUCCAGUGAAGUUAGUAAAGGAAUCCACCUCGGUUUGCGAGGAGAACUUUAUCCGAUCCACCAAAAGAAGUGAGGAUGGAAGAUGUGUUGUUUCGUUGCCCUUUAAAGAGCCGGACAAUAUUAAGCUGGGACAUUCCAGACCCAUCGCACUAGCUCAGUACCUCCGAAACGAAAUGCGAUUGAGUAAAAUCCUUCCAGUGAAGAAGCAGUGCGACUCAGUCAGUCAAAAGUAUUCAGAUUUAGGUCAUUUGCACCAAGUCUCUCCAAACGACUCCAGCAGUUUUCAUCACGCUGUCUUUAAACCAGAUAGCACCACGACGAAGGUUCGCGUCGUGUUCAACGCUUCCAAUCCCUCAUCAAACGGGAACAGCCUCGAUGAUAUCCUUCAUGCGGGGCCUGUACUACACUCCGAUCUGACUAGUCAGAUUCUAAAAUGGGUUUUUUUAAACUAUGUGUUUAGGGCGGACAUCACCAAGAUGUACCGGCAAAUUCGGGCAGUCACCUUCGGCGUAAACUGUGCGCCCUUCCUGGCCAUCAAAGUGUUACAGCAGUUGGCUCAGGACAUCCGAGGCCAAUAUCCUUUGGCCAGCGACAUCAUCUCGAACUCUACGUACAUCGACGAUGUGCUCGCAGGGGCUCAUACUCAGCAGUCGGCGAUAACUGCCUACUCCAAACGAGAGGUCGUAUCUCAGAUAGCCAAGCUCUUCGACCCGGGCUGGGAUCAACCACUCCCCACCGACCUCGUAACCCAGUGGCAAGAGUUCGUAAAAGGGUAUCCAAUCCUGAGGGAAAUUCGUAGUCCGACAUGGGUGCGUUUCCAUCCUGCAGCCAAAUUGCAGUACCAGGACGCAUCCGUGUACAAUGGCUCCAACGACCCACCAAAAUCCUCGUCGCUCAUCCGGGAGCAAUAUAUACAGAUGUCGAGUCUGCAGGAGAGUCCACGCUCUGAGGGUAGGCCAACGGUUUCUCCAACUGCCGGCUGUGAAGCGGCUCCGCGCGGUACUAAUAAACCAGUACUGCGCGAACAGUCUGGCAAGGAGGCUCAUCACACGCUGCUGCACCUCCACACUGGGCAGCCUCGCUCUUCGCGGCCCCGACAAAGGCGCAACCCACCCUCGGAUUCUCGGCCUCAGCGGCAGCCACAGCAGCGCCAGCAGGCGCCUGUAUCCGGACCUCGGCGGCCCGCCACGCCAAUGGAUAUGUCUCCAUCCCGCAGCCGGUCGUGCACGCCUAUCCUGGCGCGCACGAGGGUUAGCAUCCUCUCCGGACGGUGUUCCCUUUCGUAG